CGAUCUCUCCGAACGAACACACAGGGUAGCGCUCGCGUAGUCGCGUACUCCCCGGCCUGCUCCUCACACAGACGCGAUGGCCCAGGGAAGAGGCAGUGCAGCGCAGGGGCUCGCCCUCGGCUUGCUCCUCGUGUGCCUCCUCGUCGGCUCCGACGUCGCCGCCGCCGCCACCUACAACGUCGACUGGUCGUUCGGCGCGGACAGCUGGUCCAAGGGCAAGAACUUCCGCGCCGGUGACGUCCUUGUGUUCAGCUACGACCCGUCCGUGCACAACGUGGUGGCGGUGGACGCCGGCGGCUACAGCGGCUGCCGGGAGUCCGGCACCAAGUACAGCUCCGGGAACGACCGCAUCACGCUCGGCCGCGGCACGAGCUACUUCAUCUGCAGCUUCUCCGGCCACUGUGGCGCAGGGAUGAAGAUGGCCGUCACCGCCAGCUGAAGAGGAAGCCAACGCAGCACAAAAGCAGGGCCAGGCUGCUGCCGCUCUAGCCUGUAGCUAUACAUAUUUACAUGUGUCGCCCGAACAGCAAUAAUAAGAGGCAGCAGCCAGCACCGCGUCAUCGUGCAGGUUUUGUUGUCAUAGUGCGUCGCAAACAAUAUAUACAGCCAUAUAUGUGUGUUAUGUAGGGAGAGUGGUAGGUGAGGCAUGAGUGAUGUGUGCUUGUAUGUAUUAUCAGAAGUCAGGAGUUGAUUACUAGUAAAGCACAUCAGCUUGUUUGUUUGCUCUCUACAGCGCAAGCAGAAUCUGUUGUCUUUGUCUUUUA